UGAAACUGGAUACACAUGGCUCGGUACACACGUUUUGAAUUAUUUUUUUUCAACUUUUUGGAGACAUCAGAAAGCUACGGUUUGGUCUCUGAUGGGUUGUCAUUUUAUCUGUUUCAGGAGGAUAAGAUCAACGCCCUCAUUAAAGCAGCCGGUGUGAACGUUGAGCCUUUCUGGCCAGGCUUGUUUGCAAAGGCUCUGGCCAAUGUCAACAUUGGGAGUCUCAUCUGCAAUGUAGGGGCUGGUGGACCUGCCCCUGCAGCUAGUGCUGCACCAGCAGGAGGUCCUGCCCCCUCCACCGCUGCUGCCCCAGCUGAGGAGAAGAAAGUGGAAGCAAAGAAAGAAGAAUCUGAGGAGUCUGAUGAUGACAUGGGCUUUGGUCUUUUUGACUAAACUGGCUCUUUUGUAACACAGCCAAUAAAAGCUGACCUCUGUUGCU